ACUGACAUCUCGAAACCGGAGAUAGAACCCCGUUUCACGGGGGAGGGACACUUGUUGAUUUCCUGGUUCGCCGGCGCCUACGACAAUGCGCAUGAAUCUCACUAAUUCUUUUGCAGAUGUUUCCUUUAUCGAUCGUGGGUAACUUACCUACUAUAACUUGUCUACUCCAUUUCCGCGAACUCUUUCUAUCGGUUCCUGUAUUACGAACAACGAAUUGCUCGUCGACAGGCGCUGUGAGAUAAUUUCAGAAAUUUGUAGAACUUUCUAUGGGAGUAUGACUUGAGUAGACCUCAGAAUUCUUAUUGAUGCGAAGUAAUGUACAUGGAAUAACUAAAUAAUAGGUAAUUUUCAAAUUAAUAAAAUUACAAAAUAAUUGGUAAAAGUCCAAAGCUUCGUUAAUACUCUGUUGCACUUUUGCAAGAGUGUGCUAGUAUUAUUGCAGAGAAAUUAGCAACAUAGCAACCACGAUUGUUUGUUUGAUAGAAAUUUGACUUACUUCUCUCGUUGGUUAUUCGUGUAAAUUCUAAUGAAUGUUAUUUCCUUCGUUAUUUGCAAAAUCAUUUUGAACAUGUCUCACAAAUCCUGGAACUCGGGUAGCAGUCAGGCGAAAGAGAAAAUCGUGUUGGAGCCGGAAGUAAGCUGCGAAGGUCAAGUAGUAAAACGAUCACAUUCCGGACGUGAGCUGGACGAAGCGAAGCUCAGGCAGAUCUCAACCUUGAGGAAAUGCCGAAGCGUGGAUGGGACUUUGAAAAGACCAAAAAUUAGCCACGUUCGCAGACUAAAGACGCAGAAUUUAAAAGUCCCACAGAUCUCCGAGAAAAUUGUUAAUAUCGUCAACAUUCUGCAACACGAAAAUUUUCUGGACGUGGUCGAUCGGUUCUUUAAACCGAAAUCCAACGAGCAACCACGUAGCAAAAAGUCACAAUCCGAAAAAUCCAAUGUGAGCAAGAAUCUUGACUGCAAAACUAAAGUGCUCGUGUCCACUGACUUUCAUAAUAACACUUUGUAAUUUGUUAAAAAUAAACAGUUUUAACCUGCGAACUGGGUCGUCUCUUAAUUAAGAACUUAAUGAGAAACUCGUAAUGACAAUUUCGCAAAUAACAUUUCUUUUCAACAAAUAAAAUAAAAUGAAAUUUCACUUCUCCGAUUAACAGAGUGAUAGAUUAAAAUUGUAACUUAAAGUGAAAAUAUUUUUGCAAUACGUGCCAUUUCAUUGCACAUCUCGCUUGAAAUUAGCCAUGAACAUUCUUGUGAAACACAUACAUCACGAUAUCAAAAAUAUUUCUCAACGUUUUAUUUACAAUAAAACUGUCUUCGAUCGAUAAAAUUCGAUAAAGUGUGCAUCGUCUAGCGUUGCCUCGCUAGCUGUCGCUGCAGCCCUCGUAGAGUGCAGGAACAUAAAACCAACUAUAAUUCGACUAUUUUCUCAUGUGUAAUUCUACGCAUCAAGGCAGAAAGAAAUAUUAAGGAAUUAAAUUUUUAAACUGCCCAGUUUCCAGACUGCCCAAUUUUAAAAAGGUUCGUCGACUAAUUCAUUGACCUAACCUAGUCAGCUAACGGUGUAUAUAAAAUUUGAUUACUUAUAACUCGAUAAAUAAGCUUCAAGUGACGUUUCAACGCGUUAACUUUCUUCAGUGCUUUGAUGUGUCUACAGUCACUCACAAUAUCAACCACUGUUUUUGAACACAGUGUCAAAUAAACAAGGAACUCGUCAUAAAAUCUUUACACUUCGAAUUCCUGUUAGCAUUGUACCAUACAGGCUUUCAGCUUCAGAGAGACAA